AUGAACGCCUCAAUAAUUGGCCGGGUGCUCGCUGGCGCUGGAGGCAGUGGCAUUUAUCUCGCGUCACUGCAAUAUUUCGCUACUUUGACUGAGGAGAAGGAGCGCGGCUUCUACAUGUCUCUCGUCGGUGUAUCCUGGGGCGCCGGCGCCGUCCUGGGCCCGGUCAUAGGAGGUGCUUUCGCUGUGUCCUCAGCAACAUGUCGUUGGGCCUUCUAUAUCAACCUGGUCAUCGGAGCCAUCUUUGCUCCGGUCAUGAUCCUUUGCCUCCCGUCUAUCACUCUUGUCCAAGAAGUCAGUAUUCGAGAUCGGUUGCUUCGUAUUGACUGGUUGGGCUUUGUCUUCGGAUCCGGUGUCUGGGUCAGCUUCCUCAUGGCCCUGACGAUGGCUGGUGGACAGUGGCCCUGGAAUGAUGGACGAGCUAUUGCUACCUUUGUGGUAUUUGGUGUAGUUCUCGUCCUUUAUUGUCUUCAACAAUAUUUUGCUUUCCUCACCAGCCCGGAACGGCGCGCAUUUCCAGGCCACCUCCUUCGCGAUCGCACGGAGGUGUUGCUCUAUAUCGUGACAGCAGCUGGAACCACAACGCUUUUCGUCAUCGUUUAUUAUAUCCCUAUCUACUUCCAGUUUGUUAACGGUGAUGAAGCUCUAAUGGCCGCCGUACGCUUACUUCCGUGCAUCGUUAUCGGUGUAACCGUGAACCUCGUCUCGGGAGCGUUCCUUCAUUUCAUCAAGAUGUACAUGGUACUCUAUCUCAUAGCUGGAAUAUUUGUAGUGGCCGGCGGCGGUCCACUUGUGGUGUACCUUGACCCCAGCACAUCAACUGGCACCAUUUAUGGUCUAACUAUCCUCGUCGCUGUUGGAGCUGGACUCUCUAUGACAUUGGGGUACACCAUUGCCACAUUGACCCUUCCGCCUGAACAUGCUGGCGGAGGGCUCAAAAUGCAGAAUAUUGUUCAGAUCGGCGGUCAGGUGAUUUCACUCGGAAUUGCUGAUCAGAUCUACCAAUCAUCGGCUGUCAAAAAGCUCUCUGCAGUGCUCGCAGGCCAAGGCUACUCAGAGACAGAAAUCCGGAGCGCGGUGGCCGGAGCGCAAAGCAAGGUGUUUGAGGAAUUGACCGGGGAACUGAGAGACGACGCGAUCGACGCAGUUGCCGCGGCUAUGCGUCUGACGUUUGUGAUGAUUCCCAUUGCCGGCGCCGUGCUCUUGAUCGCUGCCCUCUGUAUGAAGAGGGAAAGACUGUUUGGUAAGGCCGUGGUUGCUGGUGGCUAA